AUGACUUACGAACCACUUAACCGCCGAUUGGCUAUAUUAGCUGCAGUUUUUGCCUUCUUAGGUGUUGCGCUCGGUGUUAUUGCACUUGCAACUAAUUACUGGACAAUCAGUGCUAGAUUAGAUGAAUUUCGAAAUGAAACGACUGUUAUGAAUUUACAACCAACUGCUACUAUUUGGAACGGCCUUUUCAAUCGAUGCGAAAGUAACAUGCCAUGCGUAGCUGACUUCUGGUCCAUCACAUUCGUUAUCUGUCUUUUGGGUCUUUUGUUCUUAUUGGCUGGUGGCAUCUUCUCAGUCCUUGACAUUCCCAAAGCCAGUGAUCGUCGAUUUAUUACACCUUUGUUACUAUUUGUUGCCUGUGUUUUAAUGACAGCUGGCUUAGUUGAUUAUGCAUCGAAAAAUUUUCUUAAUUAUCAUUCUUCACCAUUUGUCGCUGGACGAUAUUCAGCUUUAGAACGAAGCGUUUUAAUCAACAAUGAAGUUCACACAACGCAAAAAUAUUCUACUACCAAUGGUAAUGGUCUUUAA